AUGCCUCCACCAAGAGGCACGCCAAACCCAAUAGAGGGACCAGGAAAGUUAGGAGAUUACGAUGUUACCUCCGUUGUCCACAGCGACACGUACCCCGCCAUUGAUUCAGCUAAAGCGAAUUUCAAUGGUAAGGCGGUAUUCAUCAGUGGCGCUUCCAGGGGCUUAGGGAGAGCAAUGGCUAUCUCGUUUGCCAAAGCCGGCGCGUCGAUGAUUGCGAUUGGCGCGAGAUCGGAUCUCUCGACUACGGCUAAAGAGAUGAAGGCGGCUGUAGCGAGCGUGGGAAAACCCGAACCGAGGAUUCUCCUUGUGAAGUUCGACGUGUCCGAUCGCAAAAGCGUCGACGAAGCAGCAGAUCAGGUCAAGAAAAGCUUCGGACACAUUGAUAUCGUGAUCAACAACGCUGGCGUCCUCUACAUCAGCCCGAUUGUGGAUAGCGAUCCUGACGAGUGGUCAAAGGUCUUCCAAAUCAACCUUGUUGGCCCGUAUCUGGUUGCGCGUGCUUUCAUUCCCCUGCUGCUAGAAGGAAGCGACAAAACCAUCAUCACCGUAUCAAGCGUUGGUGCGCAUUUGAAAUCGCCGGGACUAAGCGCAUACCAAACUUCUAAGCUGGCAGUUAUACGCUUGACCGAAUUCAUCGCCACGGAAUAUGGAAAUAAAGGCGUAUUAGCUUACAGCAUACAUCCCGGGAAUAUCCCGACGAACAUGCUCGGUGACUUAGAAAGCGCUCCUGCUGUGCUUAAGCCAGUAUUUGUCGACACAGCAGAACUAAGCGCAGAUUCCUUGGUCUAUUUGACUUCACAGAAGCGGGACUGGCUAGCUGGCAGGUAUAUCAACGUCACUUGGGAUCUACCAGAACUUAUGGAGAAGGAGGAUGAGAUCGUCAAGGGCGACAAAUUGAAGGUGCGAUUGGUUAUUUAGGUCUCGUCGCGCAGUUGAUGAACACCCUGAAUAUCAAUAUCUCAACCAUCUCGCCAUUCUGAUUGCUGGUACGACCUUCGCGGAUUCGACCUCAAGAGGGGGGAAACGGAGUUACAAUGUUGUUUCGGAUUUUAAUCUAAACCUGUGUCGAUUGUAACAUUAACUGUAGCUUUUUGUAUGUCGGUGUGUCGGUGGUGUUGGAUGCGAAUACCACACGUUCUUUCUUAGGCUCCCGCCUAGUAGAUAUCGGAAUAUGAAAUGAACCUUGAAUUCAUGGUCCGAAAGAUGCUAGGUUGGCAUGGUGGGGGAGGGAAGAGGGAAAGAGC